AUGAUCGAAAACAACAAGGUUCAAAGAAGAAAGGAAGAAAAUCACAAAAAACAUCAGGCAAAUACACAAGGACAAAACAACAAUGCUGAGGAUACAAAAUCACGAAGAGAUCAACCAGGGAGCCCAAAAAAGAAGAACGAACAAAACCAGGUGUCAAAAAGAGAAAGAGAUACUGUAGAGGAGGAAGAAGCUAAUACAACAAAGGAAAUAGUGACCCACGAGUGUAAGGUUCUGAAAGAUUCCACAAACAAGCUGAAAAAUGAAACAAAAACAGAAGGGAAGGCUUGGAAGAGACAAGCCAGACAAGUAGAAGCCAUAACCAAAAAAGAAAAAGAGAAAGAAAAUGAAAAAUUUAAGCAGCAGAAAAGGAAGGCAGAAGAAACAAGCCGAAUGGACAUUGACAAUCCAAACCUGAAAAUAAAGAGAAUGACUGGAAAAGAGGAAAUUAGAGAGAUAGUGGCUGCAGGGCAGCCCUACAAGGAGGAAGAAAGUGAAAAUGAUGAAGAUGAGAUACAAUGGAGGCAUGAAAAAUCUAGUGGCAGUGGAUUGCGAAGGGGAUGGAAGACAAAGAGUGGUGCACGGAAUUACACUUUGCACAACUGA